CGGGGGGUCGGGGGGGUGGUGGGAGACCUGACGACUCGUCUGCCACAUGGAUCUUCUCUGCGUGCGACCGAUCUGCCUGAAGAAGUUACCCACUGACGGCUCCUUGAUGCCCGCGCGUCUCUGGCACUGGAGAGCUUGUGUCACCGCUCGUUGCCUCAGAUGAGCUGACAUACUUAUAAAUACUGUAAUUAGAGCGUGUCUUCGUGGAGGCAGUGCACGAUGACAGAGAGAAGCCCUGCCAGCAGAGCCUCAGAGGAGUGAUUCUGUUGCUUUCCCCCUCGGCCCCGCUGUGAGCUACGAGCUGCGCUCCUUCCUGGUGGAUGAUAUUUGUUAACCUCGGUUGAACUCACCCAGGAAGUGGGGACAAUCUGCUCCAAUGGAGUUCGACAACGAGACCAACCAGACUCUUCAACCGGAGGUGGCCGCGUACAGCCUCCAGAUGUCCGUGCCCCUCACUGUGCUGGUGGGGAUCAUGAUCCUGCUGACCGUGUUCGGCAACGUGCUGGUGGUCAUCGCUGUGUUUACGAGCCGGGCCCUCAGGGCUCCGCAGAACUUAUUCCUGGUGUCUCUGGCGUCGGCGGACAUUUUGGUGGCGACCCUCGUGAUGCCCUUCUCCUUGGCCAAUGAGCUCAUGGGAUACUGGUACUUUGGGGAGGUGUGGUGUGAAAUAUACCUUGCCCUUGAUGUUCUGUUCUGCACCGCCUCCAUUGCCCACCUCUGUGCCAUCAGCUUAGAUCGCUACUGGUCCAUCACGCAGGCCAUCGAGUACAACCUAAAGAGGACGCCGCGCCGCAUUAAGUGCAUCAUCUUCAUCGUGUGGGUCAUGGCAGCGGUCAUCUCUUUCCCGCCACUGAUCACCAUGGAGAAAGAAAACAGAGAGAAGGACCCUGUGUGUAAGAUCAACAAUGACAAGUGGUAUGUCAUCUCCUCCUGCAUCGGCUCCUUCUUCCUUCCCUGUGUCAUCAUGGUGCUGGUCUAUGUGCGGAUCUACCAGAUUGCCAAAAAGAGGACGCGGGCCCCUCCAGGGGACAGGAAGCAGAAGGACAUUCCGAUGACGGCCACCACCGCUGCUGUCGACAAAAAGGAGAACGGCGUGGGCGCAGAGGACCACCUUUGCCACGAGAAACUAAAUGGCAAGAGGGACAUUGAGCUGAAGAGGGAGGAGGAAGGAGAAGGGGGAGCAGACGAGGAGAAAAGAGAGGUCAACGGCGUGGACAUCGAGGAGUCGUCGUCAUCGGACCACAAAGUGAACAACCCCUGCUCAAUCAAGAAGAAAGCGGCCAAGGGGAAAACCAAACUGAGCCAAAUCAAACUGGGGGACGACGACGUCCAAAAGCGGGCGCAGAGCACCAAAGGCAGCCGCUGGAAGGGCCGCCAGAACCGGGAGAAGCGGUUCACCUUCGUCCUGGCCGUGGUCAUUGGGGUGUUUGUCGUCUGCUGGUUCCCCUUCUUCUUCACGUACAUGCUGAUGACGCUGUGUGAGUCCUGCCGUGUUCCCGACAACUUGUUCAAGUUCUUCUUCUGGUUUGGUUAUUGCAACAGCGCGCUGAACCCCAUCAUUUACACCAUCUUCAACAAUGACUUCAGGAGGUCGUUCAAAAAGAUACUGUGCAAGAGGGACACUGGAAGAUACGUAUGACGGACUCCAUCUUCGUGUGCAUACUUUUUUUUGUUACCAUGUUGUACAUAAAUCGCGCAAAGUACUUAAAGUACAUGGAUCACUGACUUGUGAAUGCUCUCGGUGUAACUGCUUGGAUAGGCUUGGCCAGGGUGAGCUUUACAUGCAGCAGCAUCUUCUUUUCAAAUAAUCCGCCGCCCACGGCUUUGGCAUGACCACGAUCACUCACGUAGAACACCACAGUGAAACCAUGUUUUUAUUGUAAAUGUUAUUUAGUUAUUUUCACGUUUUUUUUUUUUUAUAAAACAAGCAAACAUAGUGAGGUCCACGAUAUGUGUUGUAUUUUAUGACAGUAUGUUGUACAAAAUGAGCUGUCAGAAUGUAUAUUGAUUUUGGUGAUGACGAUGAUGAUGAUGAUGAUGAUGAUGAUGAUAAUGAUGGCUCUUUAAACAAUAAAACCCAUUUCAUGAA